AUGCGUUUUAAACAGACCAAACCACAACAUGUGAAAAAGAAAGCUGAAAAUGAUGAUUCUCAAGUGAGUAUCAGCAAAGAAGCUCGUGCGAGAACCUGCAACACUAGCAAUGAAUGGGAGAAUUACGACUGCGUCGAUGGUGAUGUGGACCUGGAAAAACUGAAAGCAGAUUCCCAUUGUUCUGGCCUGGGUUCAACAUUAAAACAACAAAACGGUCAUGAGACUGUGAUGGAUUUGGGCCCCAUGCUAGAGUUCUACAGCAAUGAAGAUUGUAGUGAGCCUGGAGCUGCAUCUGAAAAUCAUCUAGAUGAUCCCCCUACCCCUGCUGUUACUGAGAAUGAUGUAAUUAUCCAAGGACGUCGGCCAAUUUUCUCAGAGCCAGAAGAAUCUAUCAUUGCAACCCAGCUGAAGCAGUGGAAGGAGCAAGGAAUGAAGUACACGAGGUUGGAUGUUGUAAAGAUGGCCUCAGAAUAUGCAGUACACCUAGGUAAGCGACCUCAAGGAAGACCGCUCACUGUCAAAUGGUUCAGAAGUUUCCUUACUCGCCACCCAGAAUGCUACAUCAGAAAAUCCAGAAAGACCAAAGCGGAGCGACCAGAGAAGCAGUAUUUUAAUCAGCUAGACAUCAUAUUGACUACUUAUAAUAUGAAGGAGAGCCCGCAUUGUAUUUUCAGCCUAGUAGAACUGCCGUUGCCAAUGUUAAAAAAUGGUGAUGUGUCUUUAGCCGAAGACUUGAGCGUGAACGGUGGCACCGUGAAUGGAAGUAAGCUUCAUCGCAAGCUGACUUUUCUUGGGAAGGUUCCCUCCAGCAUUCUCUUUUGUGGGAGUGCAGCAGGACAGGCUUUGCCACCGUUUCUGCUGUUCGCUGGUAAAACCAUGGAGAAGUCAGUUCUGUCUGGUUUGACACCAGGAGCUGGUGGAGUGGCUUGUCCUGCAGGCCGGGCUACAUCAGAGGUUCUGGUGACAUUUUUGCGAGAGCACUUUCUGUCACAGGCUCCUGGCAGGGCAGGAGAUACUCUAAUCCUUCUACUGGAUGCCAACUUUGGACGCUGUCUAAAUCAGGCGGUUAUCGAUUUAGGCUCAGCUUUCAAGGUGGUAUUUAUAACAGCCCAGACUACAGUGAAUCCCCACCUCCAUCCAAUGGCUGUUGGAUGCUGCAACACUUUUCAGCGAGAGCUCUGCUAUGAACUGCAGAAACCACUGUACACAUCUGAAUCUGCAUCUGUCUCCUCAGCCUCCAUCUGUGAGUUCUUAUGUCGACUGUACCACCGUAACAUGUCCGCUGAGAAUCUACACUCAACGUUCAGAAAGGCAGGAAUUUUCCCAUUUAAUCCCUCCAUCUGCCGAAAGCGUUAUGGGUUAGCCACUGUCCGCUCUGGGAACUCCAGCAAAAAUGCCGGCUUAGUGUCUAGUGUCCUUAAUCCACUGAUAAGGAGCAGCGGGAAUAAUGAGGAUUUUGAGGGCAGCCACAUGGACGAUGAUGGAGACCUACAAUGA